CCAUGCAUGACAUAGCCUAAUAUAUAAACUUGAAACCAUAAACUUUAAAUGUAUUGGCAUACAUAUGGCGUAAUUAUAUUGACACUUGUAAAAAGGAACCACACCUUGCAGCUAUAAAAUAAGUACUACUAACUACUUAAACGCAAUUUGUCUAUGUGAUGUUUAAAUGUGUAUCCUAAAGUAGAUCCUCAUUCACAUCGUUUCUUCAUGUGCCAAAAUAAACAUGGUGAUUGAUAUGAAAAUGAGAAUUUUGGCCAUAUCGUGUACUGCUUAAAAACUCUUUUGAACGAAGCCCCACCCUAAUGUGUUGAGGUAAAUCACCCAGUACAUGCGCAAGCUUAUUAAACUACCGUAUAUGACACGCAUUAUUUCUAUGCGCAAAUGAACAAUCCGACUCGAAAAAGAUUCCUUCAUUUUAAUGAACGACGAAGAUCCUGAUCCGAAAAAAAGAUCCGAACUUCGCAACACUACGUAGACCAAAAAAACCACAAAGUUAUAUGCCUAUAGUUACACAAGUCUAUGCAUAUAGUUACACAAGCGCCCCCCCCAUCGUGUUUAUUUAAAUAUGUUUAAUCCAGGUCAAAGUCAACACAUUGGUCAUUCAUCACCCAUUCUACUUGCCGUAGUUUGGUCUGGCUUUGAGAGACUGCCCCCUGCAUAACACUACUCUACUUCCUGGGCAGUCGAAAGUAAGCUCUUUCAGGUUUUCAGGUUUUCUCGCCACCAAGAGAAGAAAACGAUAGUAUUUCCAGGGAAGACGUCCUACCAACAAGACUUGCGGCACUACGGAUCUCUCUCGCCUACUCCUGAAUCCUCCUCCGUGGAUCCAAGACGCAAUGGUCAGUAAGGACAAGAUGAAUUUGGAUGAGUUCUUUAAAAGGAUUGGAUUCAGCGGCCCAUUCGAGAAGCCAGACCAGGUGACCCUCAACGCUAUCCACAAACGCAUUGUGAUGACGGUCCCUUUUGAAAACCUGAGCAUCCACUGUGGCGAGAAGAUCGGCAUGGACCACGAAGCCAUCUUUAAUAAGAUUGUGAGAGAGCAGCGUGGGGGCUGGUGCAUGGAGGGCAACUACCUCCUGGCAUGGGUGCUGAGAGAGCUGGGCUAUGACUCGGUCAUGCUGGGGGCCCGAGUUAUCUUCGGCCAUGCCAAUGAUCCCUCCGCCCCAGAGAGCCAUCUCAUCAACAUGGUGACCAUCGACGGCAGGAGGUACAUCGCAGAUGUGAGCUUUGGACUGUCCUUUCAAAUCUGGGAGCCCAUAGAGCUUGUGUCUGGAAAGGAUCACACCGAAGCCGCCGGGGUCUUCCGUCUUAUAGACCAGGAUGGGCUGUGGUUCUUCGAGAAGACCAGCCGGAAGCAGAAGAUCCUGAAUCCAGACUUGGCUAAAUCAGGUGAGAAGGAGAAAAAACCAACGGAGCAGAUCUAUUGCUUCACUCUGGUCCCCCGUGAAAAGGACCACUUCACCGAUAUUAACCACAAACUACAGACCGAUCCUAACCAACUUUUCACCACAAAGUCCAUCACCUCUCUGCAAACCCCAGCAGGGUUUCGAAUCCUGCUCGGCUGGACCUACACAGAGGUCACCUUUAGGCCGGACGAAGGUGUAGAUCUCGUACACACAAGAGACCUAUCAGAUGAGGAGGUGGAGACCAUUCUUAGGGAGAAGUUCAAUAUAAAAUUGAAGAACAAGUUGUCACCCAAAAACAACAAAAUAGGCCACGGUCUGUAAAUUUUGGUUAGCUUAUUAGAUCAAUUUUUUUUAUAUAUGAUGAAAUAUAUAUAUAUGAUUGGAUUUAUUUGUCCAAUUUGUGCUUUUAGUUGUGUGCAUCUCCAAAAAUACUGAUUUGUGGGAAUAAAAUCCAAUAUUAAAAAAGUGUAAA